CGAAUCUGCACCUAAAUGCUCCUGCGGGUUUAUUUUGAAAGGAGGCAGGAAGUGAUCUGUCUGCAGGCUGCCGCUUUGCAGCUGCAGUCGGUCACAUGCGUGCGCGUUAAAAAGCUGCAGCUGCAGCGGCUCUGGCGCAGAUUCACACGGUCCCUGGAAGCAAACGGAGGUUUCUCUCAUCAUUUCCUGCUGACCGCCUCAGAGUCAGAGAGGAUGUUAAUGAUGAUGAUGAUGAUGAAGAGGAAGGGAUCCAAGGAGUCUUUGGCUUUGUUGGCUCUUCUUGUGGCCUCAGCCAGCAGCAUCCUGCCUCCGUCAGAAAAAGAUCUGAACGAGAUCUCCCAGCAGGGGGAGCGGUAUCUGGACACCCAGAUCGAGAAUGCCAUUACUGGAGUGAAGAAGAUGAAGGAGGUGAUGCAGAAGUCCUCCGAAGACCACAACAAGUUUCUGGAUGCUCUGGAGAAGACCAAGCAGCAGAAAGAGGAGGCCAUUCGGGAGGCUCAGGAGAUGGAGGUUAAGCUGGUUCACGAGGAAGAGGCCUGUAACGAGACCAUGAAGGCUCUGUGGGAGGAGUGCAAGCCCUGCCUGAAGACCACCUGUGUCAAGUACUACUCCAGAACCUGCAGCAGCGGGUCUGGACUGGUGGGACGUCAGCUGGAGGACGUCCUGAACAGAACCUCGCCCUUCUCCAUUUGGGUCAACGGCGAGCGGAUCGACACUCUGGAGCAGGAGGGGCAGCAGCAGAACAAGGAGUUCAAGAAUCUGGAGGAACGCUACACGGAGAUGGCCGAUGGCGUGGACAACAUAUUCUCAGACAGCAUGAAGGUGGCCGAUCACAUCCACCUGAACCCUCCCGUCUUCUUCUUUCAUAACUUCCUGUCUCCGUACGCUCGGCGCGCCAGGAGCAUCCGCUCCCUGUUCCAGGAUCCCUUCCACAACUUCCAGAGUCUGUUCUCCCCCAUGAUGGGGAGGAACUUCUUUGGCUCCAUGGACUCCAUGAUGGACUUGAGCAGCGACCCCGUCCCGAACGAGGAUGGCGACGUGAACGAGGACGUGGUGGUCACCAAACCUUUCGGUAACGGCAGGAUGACGUGCAGAGAGAUUCGCCGCAACUCAGCCGGUUGCAUCAAGUUCCGUAACGAGUGCGAGAAGUGCAAAGAGAUCCAGCAUCUCGACUGUGACGGGAAGAAACCUCUGGAGGGUCCGCUGAAGGAGGAGCUGGAGACGGCUCUGGCCAUGGCCGAGCGCUUUACGCAGCAGUACAACGCCCUCCUGCAGAAGUUGGAGGAGCAGAUGUUCAACACCUCCUCCAUCCUGGACAUGUUCAACAAGCAGUUUGGCUGGGUGUCCACUCUAGCUAACAACACCAAAGACGGCAUUUUCCGAGUGAAGGCGGUGAUAAGCAAAGACUCUCCCGAAGAGGAGAGAGCAGGCGAGGAGAACCCUGCAGAAACCAGUGUGGAGGUGCAGCUCUUCGACUCUCCGCCCAUGAAGAUCACAGUCCCUGGCGACAUCCCCUGGAACGACCCCAAGUUCUCUGAGGUGGUGGCUCAGGAGGCUCUGGACCGCUACAAGGAAACCAGCGUGAUCGUCAAAUAAACUGGGUUCAAACCAAAAACCCGAAGCUUCUCGCUGACUAGAGAAUGUUCCAACUUCAAGCAGACAGCAAGCUCACCUGGAGACAAACCAGACGCACUCGCUCCUCCCGCUCCUCCUGCUCCUCCCCAAGCUCUGCUUCUGCAAACACUUUAAACCCCGUGAGGGUUUCCGUUCUUUAGUCCUGCUGUGAGGCGCUGUGCUCUGUAGCUGCGUACGGGAAGGCCUCCUGAAACAGGGAAACACUGCAAACGUUUUUAGUGCUCACAUUUUUUUGUAUUUGUUUGCAUAAAAUGAAAUUGUUGAAGACAAGAUUAUAGAUUGUAAUUAUUUGAAAUGGUUGAAGAAGAGAAGAAACUGGAAUAGUGCAUUUGUGAUAAUAAAUGUGUUGCUUUACAGCACUCUAAAAUAAA